UUACCCGAACAGAAUUGCGAAGAUCGAUCUUUAGAUGACACCGAACUGAUGUCACUUCACUAUGAUAACCGCUCAGUGCCUCGUGACCAUGAUACCGAAGAUUUCAAAACAAGCCUUGAAUUGUGUUACAAGAUAAUCAUUGCUCCUGUGGCCAGUUUACUAAAGCAGCCCGAGAUCAUAAUUGUCCCUGAUUCCUGUGUGUACCAGGUGCCAUUUGCAGCCUUGGCUGACGAAGGAGGCAAGUAUUUAUCAGAGACAUGCAGGAUUCGGAUAAUUCCCUCCCUGACGACUCUCAAACUUGUUCAAGACAGUCCUCCAGACUAUCACAGUCAGACCGGGGCACUGAUAGUGGGUGACCCUGUGGUUGGAACGGUGAUUUACAUGGGAAGGUGCAGAAAUAUGACACCAUUGCCGCAUGCAAGAAAGGAAGCAGAGAUGAUUGGAGGACUUCUUGGCAUAAGGCCUUUGAUAGGAGAUUCCGCAACAAAACAUUCUGUACUCCAAGCGAUAAGUUCAGUGAGCCUGAUACACAUUGCUGCCCAUGGUGAUGCCGAAAGAGGGGAAAUUGCUCUUUCUCCUAUGCACCCUACCCUACUCCCACCUUUCCCUCGAGAAGAAGAUUAUCUUUUGACGAUGGCCGACAUUUCAAAAACUCAGUUGCGAGCUAAACUAGUGGUGCUUAGUUGUUGUCACAGUGCUCGUGGACAGAUUAGAACCGAGGGAGUUAUUGGACUUGCUCGAGCGUUCUUAGGAUCGGGAGCUCGUUCAGUGUUAGCGGCACGAUGGGCCCUGGAUGACAGAGCCACAGAGAAGUUCAUGACUUGUUUCUACAGACAUUUGUUCCGCGGUGAAAGCGCCAGUGAAUCUCUCCACAAGGCCAGGAAGUGGAUGAGAAAUAACGGCUUUGAUAAAGUUUCUCAAUGGGCGCCAUUUAUGAUCAUGGGCGACAACGUGACAUUUGAGUUUGGAAAUUGGCCGGUGCCUAGCGCACCUUAAGAGCAAAGACUUUGAUAAAACCUCUGUAGCAGAAUGAAUUAGACUUAGUAAAGCUUGGAACUAUUUAAUUACUAGCCUGUAGAAAGAGGACACCAUCUGCGAAGGACAACUCGGAUCGAUACACAGAGGAAAGCACUUCUGUAAUAUG